AUGCCCGGGGCGGCAGCGGCAGCUUCGACGCCAGCAGCCGACGCCCCGAUCGACAGCAACAAGCACCGCAACAUCAAGAAGGACAAAGACCUCGACGGUGGUUCAGGACAUCGGAGGGGCAGUGGAGACCGACAGCGACGACAGACCGGUCCAGAGCGAUGGGGCAAGCGGACCAUCGGCGAAUGGAUGACACUGGAUCGUCGGGCCCUUCGAUUGGACUGGGACAGAGCGGAAUCUGCCAACGAGAAAGACGAUCGCUACACGGGCAAGCCCUGCUACGGCGAGCACGACACGACACGCCCGCUAGCGUGGCACGCCAACGGCUACAAGGUGAGCUACAAGUGCGUGAGAUGCGAGCUGGUCAUGCUGCACAUUCCGAAGCACGGGGCGACGGGCAGGUACAGGCAGAGGGGAGCUCUGGGACCGACCGUGGGAAAGAUCAAGAUCGAAGAAAUCACGAAGGAGAAGGUCACCAAGGAAAAGGACUCAUUCGAGAAGGCCGGAGAGUCAGAGGAGGAGGAGACGCCGUGCCUGGGCACCGAUCACAUGAGCAAGGUCGACAUGAUGUUCGACCAGAUGCGCGACAGCACCAAGCGGCGAACGGACCCACCGACGCGCAGGAAGAAGAAGGAGUCUCCCCAGGGCGGGGAGCCCGAGGGGGACGACGACGUCAUCACGUUCGGGGUUGACGUCGAGUACCACAAGGAGGAGAUCAACCUGAAGGUCGCGGAGGAGCGCGAGGAUGCCGAGAUCAUCAGGAUCACCAGGAAGGACGCGGAUCUCAGCACGAAGCACGGGCUGGAGUUGGCACAGAACCUGGCGGUGAAACGCCUUGGAGCAGACAUCUGGGGAAGCCUACCGUGCACGGCAGUCAGCGCACUUCACAGCGGCUACAUCGGCAGGCAGGAUGGCCAGUACUGGAUCGUCAAGGACAAUGGAGGCGACGUACACUUCGAGUGGCCACGCAACUGCCAUGGCUGGAAGCACUUCCCGGAGCUGACGGAGUUCUUCGGCGAGCUGGGCAUGGAGAAUGUGAACUUCGGCGGGUGCCAGGUCGGGGUGGUCAACACUAAGGGCGAGCCGAUCUACAAACCGUGGACGCUGUGGACCAGCAGAAAGAAGCUCGCGACGGCCCUGAGCGGCAAACGCUGCCCAGAUCCCCAAGGACACGGACAUGCGGAAUGUUGUGGGAAGGAUGCUACCUUGUCGGGCAAAUACCCUGCGAGAAUGGCGAGGAUCAUCUGGCGGAACAUCGUGGAACCGCCGAAGUUGAUGGGCCUGAUCGAGGAGCUAAGGCAGGAGGAAGCCCUGGCGAACGACAACAAGGAGAUGUUCGAUCACGAGAGGGAGCUCGAGCUGACGAGCGACGAGCAACAGCAGUGGAACGACUUACCGAGGCUGAAGCAAAAUGAGUUAAUGAAAGCAGCGAUGCGGCUGCAUCGGAAUACUGGACACCGACCACAGAGGGUGAUGAUCAGGAUCCUGCUGAGACGUGGGGCUUCAGCGACGACAAUCGCAGCCGCGAAGCACAUCAAGUGCAGCCCGUGCAUCGAGAAUCAGAUACCCAGACCGAGACCAGCAGCAGUACUCGAGCCAGCUCGAGAUCUAUGGCAGGUGGUCGGCAUCGACGCGAAGGAGAUCGUGGGCGACGACCAGAUCAAGCGGAGGUACCUUGUGAUCGUGGACGAGGCGAGUAAGCUUACACUGGCGGUCAAGAUCUUUUCAGUACCCGCCCAGGAGUCGAGGAACUGCACCGCCAAGGAGCUGCUGGAUGCGUUCAGAGGUGAAGGAGUUCAGGUGAAUCCGUGUGCCGCCCAGGCUCACUGGCAGAAUGGCAUCGCAGAGCGUGCAAUCAAGACGGUGUUCGAGUGCGCCAAGGCCAUGCAUCGCGAUCAUGAGACCGACCUGGAGGCGGCAGUACAUGCAGCGGUGGAGGCACACAACGCGGUUGAGGGGGUCGACGGCUACAGUCCGAGCCAAUGGGCCUUCGGACGAGACAAGAACUGGUCGGGGACUCUCAAGAAGGAGGACCACCUGGACGUCGUGAAGUGCACGAACCAGAGCUACAUGGAGAACCUGUCCAAGCGGGUGCUGGCAUCCAAGAUCAUUGGACUGGAGAGUCCCAACAAGGGUGAGGUGAUUUCAGUGGACAAGGAGGACGUGCCGAUGAACGAGGAGACCUACACACCGGAGACCACAGCUCGUGCACCAGAAGAUGGAGACAAGGAGGACCACUGGGAAGAAGGUGAGUUCGAAGGCUUCAGAUCCAAGCCGGAGAAGACGACCAUGGAGAGGAUCACCGUGAUAAGGUAUGAGGAUGGCUCCGAGGAGACGGUCAAGGACGACAACUGGAACGCGCAUGGGAAGUCUACGAGGUCAAUGGGACGACGCUGGACUGGCAGGACCUACCCGUUUCCCAUUGCGGACAAGCCGGAGGAGAUCAAGGUGGACCAGAAUGAUAGGGAGGUGGUCCAUGAGAAAGCGAAGAAGACGGUCGUGGAGCAGGUCCCGGAGACCCAUGAGGACAAUGAGAAAGACCAGCCGUCGAUGGAUGACAUCGAGAGCGAGAAGGAGGUCAGGAUGCGGACCAACUUCGGACCAGCACUGAGGAGCUACAGUGCCUUCUUCAAUGACAAAAUCGCGGACGGUGACCAGGUGGACUGGGGCAAGCUUGACUGGGAGACCUUCGACGUGGCUGCAUGGGCGGCUACGGAGAUCCAGGAGGACCUGGAGAUCCCGACUUGGAUCGACUACAUCGAGGUAGCGUUCGAGGCGUUCGACGCGAACAGCAUGAACAAGUUCACGAGGCAGCCGGAGCAGUACAUCACUAAGGCGAUGAAGAAAGGAAGGUCUGAGGCAAGCGUCAAGCACAUGACCGAUGAGCAGAAGAGUUUGAUGAAGGGGGCGAAGCUGGUCGAGGUGAGAGACUGGAUCGCCAACGACGUGCUGGAGAGGCCGACCUACAUCGAGGCCAACGAUGAGCUGGCGGGGGAGUUCGGAGUACCUGGAGGGACGGCGGUGAGACUCAAGAAGGCAGUGUACGGACUAUGUCAAGCGCCAAAGUCGUGGUACGAGAGCGUGGACACCCUGAUGGAGCAGCUCGGUGGACAACGAUGCGUGUCGGACCCGUGCGUCUGGGUCUUCAGCGGCAAGAACAAGAACGUGUUCGGGGUAGUUGGCACACACGUGGACGACUUCCUGAUCGCCGGAGAUGGUGGAGUUCGAUGGCGAGAGAUCGAGGUGAAGUUGCAGAAUGCGUUCCGCUGGACUCCAUGGGAGGAAGGAAGCUUCAAGCAGACCGGACUGUCGGUCAUGCAGACGGCCAGCAGCGAGAUCACCAUACACCAGAAGGAGUUCAUCGACAACAUCACCGAGAUCAACAUCGGACAGGGGCGUCGCAAACAACGGGACCAGAAGCUGACGGAUAAGGAGAUGACAAUGCUUCGGGGAGCGCUGGGCGAGAUCCAGUGGGUGGCGACGCAGACGAUGCCGAAGUACCAGGCGCAGUGCUCUAUUUUCCAGAGCAGUGGACCGACGGCGACAGUGGAGACGGUCUUCGGGAUCCACAAGCUGAUCAGACAGAUGAAGAACGACCAGGGCUACAAGCUGAAGUUCGAGAGCUUCGAGGGCGAAGGAGUGGUCGUGGGCUGGAGUGAUGCAGCCUGGGCGAAUCGACCAGACGGACUCUCGACAGGAGGAUGUGUGACUGGGAUUGCGCCGGCGGACAUCCUGAACGGAAAGCGGGCUCCAGUUGGCUGGGUUUCGCAUCGCAGUGGCAAGCUACAGCGCGUGGCGAGGAGUUCGUUGGCGGCCGAGGUCCAGGCGCUGACAGUGACGGAGGACGAACUGUUCAUGGUCAGAAUGAUGUGGGCCGAGCUGAAUGGUUUUGUAUCGGACGCGGCAAUGGGAACCGCGAGCGAGAGCAAGACGACACAGCCGAUGCUGGAGGGCGUGGAGCAGGUACGACCGCGCCUGUGCGUGGACGCAAAGAGCAUCUACGAUUGUCUGGCCAAGCAGGUGCAGAUGCAGAGCUUGGCUGAGGAGCGGACGGCGUUAGAGCUGAUGGCCUUCGAGAAGUGCAUCAACGAGACACAGCUGAUCGUGCGGUGGUGCCACUCCGAGGCCAACCUGGCCGACAGCUUGACAAAGACGACAACAUGGCUGCAAGUUGUGCCGCAGCAUUCCACGGCUUACGACGUCGCGUACGCGGUCGGCGAUCUGUUUGAGGAACCCACGCGGUGCGCCGCUCUCCGCACCGAGACUUUCAACGGACGUUUCCGGUCCGUGUUCCCGUACGAAGGUACACCCCGCCAGCGCCUGGCGGGUUUCAGGGCUGCCCAGCAAGGCGCGUCUGCUACGGUAAUGCAGAACGCGUUCCUCCAGGCCACUUUGAGCAUGUACUUACAGCAGCUGAGCGCAGCGGGCCGCGCCGUGGCGCGCCCCGCCUUGCCUUGUCACGUAGUGGAGCAGAUGGUCGCGGCAGCGGAGCGGGAUGGUGAACAAGAGAUUGCAGACGCUUUCGCAGUCGCGAGAGGGUUCCUGCUCCGGGCAGGAGCAGAGCCCGCCCCGCUGCUGCGCGGGCGCUUCGCCGAAGGGCGCAAGUCUGGCAUCGCUUUUGAAAGUGCGGCUGCGGCCGUUACUUUGGCGCAGCGUAAGAACAGCGCAUUGCCCGCAUCGCUCCGCAGGGAGCGCCCCUGUCAAACACAAGAUGCUGCGUACAAGCUGGGCUUCUAUCUCAUGAGGCCUUGGGACGGGUCUGCUCUGUCCCAGGGCCAUGGCAUGCAUUAUCAGCCCUCGAUGGAGGGCAGGAACGCUGUCAUCACUGGCGGCACUGAGGGCGUUGGCUUUCAGGCAGUCAAGUGGUUCCAUGCCCUCGGGGCCAACGUGGUGCUGUCUGGCAGGACGAAGGCCAGCGCGAGCGCUGCGGCCGCCAUGUCCCACAACGCAACCGAGGGCCGAGGCAUCUGCGUCGGAUUUGCGAUGGACCUCGCCGACUUUGAGUCCGUGCGGUCGUUCGCGAGUGACGCCGGGGAAAAGCUGCCAGAGUUGAACUAUCUGGUGCUGAAUGCUGGGACAAGCCACGAUAACAAAGCAACAGCAGGCCCUGGCGAGUGGAUUACCGCGACCGGGCACAAUAUGGUGUUUGCGGCAAAUCAUCUUGGACAUUUCCUCCUUGCCGCCCUGUUGGUACCAAGCCUCAAACAGGGCGGCACUAUUGUUGUAGUCAGCAGCCUCACAGCUUGGUGGGGCAACCCGGCUGCCCUUUUGCAGGCCAAGGCGAAUCCUUGGAAGACGGCCACAGAAAGGGAGGCUGCGCGGCCGUACGCCACCAGCAAGUUAGCAAACCUUUGCUUUGCUAGGUCCCUCAGGCGGAAGCUGGAUGCCAAGGGCAUCGCCGUGGUCGCCAUGACCCCUGGCGAGGUGGCCAUUGACACGCACAGGAACGAUGAGAUGGCGCAUGGUGUUUCUGAGGAGUUGGGUGGCGACAAGUUGUUCGAAAGUUGUUUUGUGACGCACCCAGUUCCGGACUUCGUCUACCCUUAUUGGUUCCCUGCUGCUGUCUUCGGCAGAUCCACAAGCCAGGAGGAUUCUGAGCUGCGGCACAGGAAUAUGGCCUACUUCCACAGGCCCGAGAGGCUGCAGACUUUAGAUUACAACCUGCACGGGUCCGUCGGCCCAGAGUGCGACCUGGCUCUGCAGGAGGAGCUCUGGAAGUGGAGCCGUGAAGCUCUGAACCUGCAGGCGGAGUACGACACGGAGCCCCAGGACUCUCCGAAGCACCUCUCACGCACCAGCCCUGGUGGCCAGCACACGGAGCCAGGCACUUCGGCCUACGCUCCUGGCAGAGCGAGCCUCGGCGCUUGGGCCGACGCUGACGUCCACGACAAGUGCGACGCGGAGCAGGCAGGCGAGAUGGCGGAGGCCCCAGCCGGCUCAGGCCGCAGGCGCCGCAGGGCUCUGGGUGUCGGACUCGUUGUCGCUUGGCAAGUGAUCGGAGUCAAUUUGUACAGGCUGAAGUGCGACAUUACGGGCGAGUGCACGCCGGCUUCGUCAAUGCUGUUCGCUGGCACAGGUGUGCUGUUGCUUGUGCUGAGGCAUUGGCCCGCAAGCCUCGUGAGGCCGCGGCAGGAAGCAUGGAGAGCAUUUGUGGUCGCGUCUAUCGCGAGAGGCUGCCCGCCGUGGUACAAGGAGCACGUCUCGCAAACACUUGCCCAGUGGAUCGACCACAGCCUGAGUGUCCUGCAGAACUCGCUGGCCGUCAAACUGAUUCUCGUCGCUGUGCCGUCGCUUCUGCGAUCCGGCAGGUUUUUCAUACCAAGUAUCGACGGGGUGCUGUGGUUAAGCCAAAAGGGUAGGAUCGGCAUUUACCAUGGCGUCUUGGGAUUCACCAAUCAACUGGUUGUGGUGGUAGCUGCGAUCCUGUUCGGUAAUAUGUUAUUGGGCCUCUGGCACAACUUGGAGAACGUCUCGGUUCCAGGAAAGGACGAGGCGACUCGAGACGCUGCGUUCCCAUGGAAACCCAUUGUGUGGUUCAUAGCUGCGCGGAAGUCUUCCAAAAUCCGCACAUCCGUUAUGAGAUUGAUGCUGGUGGACAAGGUACUCGCAUGCACAAUAUAUUGUGGCAUGGCAGUCCCUGUGUUGCACUUGCUCGGCCUCAAGAUACGUACGGUGCUUGCGGUGGGGGGGGUCGGAGGAUUGGCCACAGGGCUGGCCUUGCAGAAUUUAGUCCAGAAUCUGAUUUCAGGCAUUCUUAUAUAUAUCAACAGCUCGGUAUGCGAGGGCCUGGAAGUGAUUCUUCAAAGCGAAAAGGUAUCAGGAGUUGUAGCGUCCGUCGGAUGGUUUAACACGGUUGUCAAUCAGUAUGAUGGGUUCCGGGUCGUGGUCCCGAACCGCCGAAUCGUGGACGGCGUUGUAGUGGACAAAACGAGGAAAUGUUUCCGUGUAGCGGUCGAGGACAUUAUUGUGUUAAUGGACGACGCUCCUAUGUUAGAACAAAUGGUAACAGCGGUGCACGAAUUGCUGUUGUCAAGCCCUAGCGUUUUACAAAAGAGUGACAUCAUGCUCAUCAGGAGCAAGUACAAAGGCCACUUGAAGAUCUACGAGCCGCAGUUCGUGUUGAACGGUUGGUCCGACUACGGUGCCAAAUUCCGUCUUCGCGCCUAUUUCAAGGCAACGUUGUCUGGAGAUAAGUUCCUCGCGCAGAAAAGUGAAUUGUUGCUUGCGGUAAAUACCUUGAUCCACGAAUUCGGUGGCAAGGUCGGCUUCCCUGGUGUCAUGACUAAGCAUAUCGGCAUGAGCAGGGGAUGGCCGUUGCCGCCACAGGAGGAGAUGUCCAAAGAGACUGCAGCAUGGCGACAGGCGGCAACUGUGGAAUCCAUGGCCGUGCAAGUCGGGAUUGAAUCCGCAGCCACGCGCUGA